UAAUAACAAAGGCAACUAGCUAGCAUUAUAUAACAAACUAUUGUCUUUCACCAACCAUCUUCUUCUUCCAAAAACUCUCAAGAAAAAAGAAAUUUUGACAAGUUUUUGUGUGUGUGUGUGUGUUUUCUUUACUAGGUUUGUUAGAAUACAACAAUAAUGAGGUAUAGAAUGGAAAGAUUUGUGUUACUUCCAUUUUCUGUGGGUUGCAUUUCUGAAUCAAGUGUUGCAGUUGGUCAUCAUCAUCAGCUUAAUAAAAGUACAACCCCUGAACUCAAGUUAACUCCCACAAGAAGCCAAAAAGAAGGAAAGGAGGAAGAGCAAGAUCAAGAAGAUGAAGAUGACAAAAGUUUGGAGGGUGAAAAUUUGAAGAACACAUUAGGCCAUAUGGCCCUUCCCAAGUUUCAGAGGCUUUUUAAAAAUUUCAAGAACUUGUCUCAGUUAUUUGUGGAUAAGGAAGAAAUGGAAGAAGAAGAGGAGAUGGGAAUGGAAAUAGGAUUACCAACAGAUGUGAAGCAUGUAACGCACAUUGGAAUAGAUGAUGAUUCUACUUCUAUUCUUUCAACAAGAAAUUGGGAUCAUCUUAAAUCUCCUAAUGAUAAUUUCCUCACUCAUUUCCCUUCUAAUUUCCCUUUAUCUCCUUUUGCCAUGGCUCAUUCCCCUAAUCACAUUUCCAUGGCUAGCUCCUCUUAAUUAAUUCAUCAAUUACCGCUUUUCACUCGUCCACCACUGAAAACACCAUUUUUCGUUCGACUUGUAUGUGUUAAGCAUGUCGCCAUAGGCUCGUUUCCCACAAUCAAAAAAGGAUCAAUGUAAUUCUUAAAUGUUGGAAAAUUUGUGUCAAUGUUACCUUUAAUUGGUUCUUGUCAAAGUGUGGUACUUGGAUGGAUUACUUGCCUACAGAGUUUGUUGGGUGUGGGAUAAAAGUUCAAAUGUAUAUUUGUUUCCUUUUUACUUCAGUUAAAAAUGAAUAAGUUCAUUAUUAUUAUUAUUAAUUAUUAUGCACGUUUGAGUAAUGAAUGGUGUAUGCAUAUAAGAUCCAUUUUCGACCUAUUGUUUUAUGUCUUUCAGGCCAAACUAUACUGGAUUUUGGCUCUUGUCAAAAGUAUUGUACUAUGAUUGCUUCUUGCCUAUAUAGUUUGUCGGUAUGGGAAAAAACAUUCAAAUGUAUAUUCUCUUUCUUUUUCUUUCGGUGAAAAUAAAUGAAUUCAUUUUGUUGUUGUUA